AUGCGCUUAUACUACUCGCGGGCUCUAAGUCCGCUGCUCCUUCUGCUCUUCAUUCCCACCGUCACAGCACAUCAAGGUGAGUUGUAGGUACAGUGAGACGAGAGAGACGUGUUUCGUGUUUGUUUGCGCAGUCAGUCUCUUCUUCCCUUUUUCGUGAAUAGAUUAACACAUUGUUUUGUCGUCGUCUUCGUUGAACGAUUGAGACCAUGUGAACGUGCUCUAUCGGAAUGUCCUUGGUGCCGCCGAACCGGUUCAUGUAGUAAAGAGCAGUUCGGAGGCUAAAUUAGGCGAAUGCGACACUGUAUUAGACAGUUUCCAUUCUCUAUCAUCUGGUCGCCUGGCCCGCUUUGAAUUGCGUUUCGAAUUGGCUUCGAUUACUACUGUGCGCCAGCCGCCAUCCCCUUCUUUUCGUGACUUUCUGGCGCCUGACCUGCCGAUGGCGCCAUUCUGGUGCACCAAUUACGUUCUGAAUAGAAUUGAGUUUUGUUGAAAAGGCCACCCGGUGCAAAAGUCUCGGGACUAAUUGUUAGUGUGAAAGUGUCGUUCUCCUCCGUCCUGGCGCGAGAAUAAUAGAUCAUUUGCGAGCCGAAAGGUGUGAUAAGAAGACAUAGGAUAUGCUCAAUGAGCAACUGUUGAGCAAGAACGGAUGGGAGGAAGCGGCGACUCUCGCACCUUUGGCCCGCAGGGCCCGAAGAUAAAUGAGUGUUCUCGGGAGCCCUUUGUGAGAAACUGGCGGAUUGUGAAUUGGAGGAUUUCAAUUUACAAUUCGAAAUACACUUCUGCCUGCCAGUGAGGAAGCGAUGAAUUAUUGAGUAGUCAGAAGCUCUUUUUGAGUCCGCCCGUCGGUUGCUUGUCAUCUGAGAACACCGCUCGGCAACUGCCUUCCCGACCGGACCAAUUUGUUUAUGAAGGAAGGUGUGGGGAUGCGAGAGGUUUUUGAGUGGCACGCCAUCCGCCCGACUCUCGGAUUACCACUGUUCUCAUUAACAGGCGUAUAUCAUCGGUCCGACGAUCCUUUUGACAUGAGAAGUAAACGAAGUCGAUUCUGAAAACAUUGUCGAGCGCUAAAAGAAAUUGAUGACUUGUAAGGCGUCCUAAGCGGGAAAAGAUUAAAAUCUUCUUGUAAAACUUUUUGCAUUCGCUCACUAAAAGAAGGCGCCUGUCGCCGGACGACCCUUUUCCCGAUCUUUAUCAAGCACCGUUUAGUCACCCACCGCCGCCGCUUUUAACAGAAUAAAUCACGGGAAACAUGCGCGGCCAAGCGCUCCUUUUGAAACCCUUCGGACCUCGGCAUCUGACACAUGGCGGGCCUUUUCCGGCGAUUAGGUGAACACGAAAAGUGCAGUCAUUCUUCCCUUUUUGGGUUCUAUCCAAUUAGUUGGUCCGCUGAGUUCGAACCACUUUGAAAAGUGUGUCGUCGUCCACCACUCGUGCGAAUUACGCGUCGUCUAUCACACAAGGACUCUGAAGUGCGGACCGAUGAUGAAUAAAAAGUGAGCUCCCGGUGUGUGCGGGAGCCAGACUCCAUUCCGCGCGACAUAGAUUAUUCGGAAUUAUUGGCUGCACCGCAAUGGUUCUACUGAUAAAUUGUCACGAACUUCACUCUCUUUUCUUGAAGAGAGCGCGAAUUAAGCGGAUUUUGGUCGCAGCGCCCACCGCCGACUGUGCGAGCGAAAAAAAGCAGGAAAAAGAGCAAAUAGUAAAUAAUUGUGCUCUUAUCACCUCCAUUGUGCCCGCUGGCGAGCCAGGGAUAUUUCUGAGAAUAUGAAAACGGCGGGGGCGGAUGGAAAGUUGAAAAACAGCUAUCCCCGCGCGAUGAAGAGAGUGAUGUCCAUUGCAUGAAUACAGUGUCAAGUGGUCACUAUUCAUUUCCGAACAUCUUGAGGUGGCGGAGAAGUUUUUGGUGUGGCCUUCGCGCGGGCAGGCAGCCUGCUGCCCCGGGGCCAGUCGUGUUUGUAUUAUUCCUUGAGACAUCAGUAUAUCCCUCCGAGGAUCAGGUCUACAAAGUGUGUGCGCAGAAAAACGAAAUGAAAUGCGAGAAGAGUGGGAAAAAGAAAUUUAUUUUUUGUAUUUCAGAAGUGCUCUUCGAUUUGUCAAAGGUCGGAUCUGAUCUGAAAUGGGACCAAGUCUCGCUGCGACACGAUCGGGACGAUGUGGUGAGUAUUUCUUCCCGCUGCUUCCAAUCUUCUAGAGUACACUUGAAUUGGUUUGAAAUUGAAAAGAUGCGAGGAUGGACGGGGGUCGGCGGCCGGCAAAGAAACAAGUUGUUGUGUUUCCUCCUCCCGCUCUCUUUUUCGUACUGACUAGUGACCCAUGGGAAUUUGGAAUUCUUCUUCUGAAUUUGGCACAGCGCCUUUUUGUGUAUGUUUUGGAGCCGCCAUAUACAUCUGAUGAGGGCGAAACGAGAGGCAUAUUGGUUUAGGCAUCUCUCUCGACAACUUACAACUCUUUUUGUGGGACCCGUAGGAAAUUGAGAGAAAUAUGAGCCACUGCGAGACAGAGUGUGAAUAGAAGGUCAAUCCGUGUCCUCCGAGGCACCAGUCCCUGAUGGUAAUUGUGACAUUGUACAGUUAUUAGUUGACAUUAACAUUGUGUUCGCCUCUUCAUCCUUCUUAUGACUGUGUGGGUGGCUAUUAGAAGUCACUGGUAGACGAUAUAUUCGAAUUUCUCGUUAUCAUCAACCAGGGGGGACGCCGGCAGCAAUUCAACAUCAAAAAUAAUCCCAUUAACGUUGGCCUGAAUUGCAUUUUUGCUGCAGCUACAUCCCCUUCCGACGCUUUACUAAGGAGAAGACACGGACGUAUAUUCAAUUAGUCUCGGGACGGUGUUGAUAUUGGUGAGGAGUGGGGAGGCGAGAGAGCUAAAGUCUAUUAAGAACAUGCGUCCUUGCCCAUAUGUUUCGUCGUCUGAAGACAUGUACUCCGGCACUAAUUCAUACCCGAAUAGGAAAUUUGAAAACGAUGAGUAAGACGGGUAUGACGUGCGAGCUAGCGCUCUUCAGAAAUCGUCUUUUUUCUAUUAGUUCGGGAUUCUUUGGCGGCGAGCCCAUCGUAGUUCACACCCCCCUGUGUAACACAUUGAGAAGGUAAUAGCGGUUUUGGUUACAUUAGCUCCGUCCGUCCGUAUCGCUCUUUGCACUAUAUGUGUGACCAGCCGGAUGUCAUACGGUCAAGAGAGGAACCCUGACGGACCGCCCUUUAGAAGAUGAAACAUCCGGAGUGCCGAUUUCACAAGUGUUUUGUUUGAAUAAGAAGACGAAUAACCGUAAGAUCAGUGAAGCGGUAAAUUGAAACAGACAUUAUGGCAUGUGAAAAGUGUUAGUCGCCUGUGUUUGCAUUCGAACGGUGGCCUUGGCACCUCUCAAAGUCUCAUUUUGCGCGGUCCAUCGGCGGCUCCUCGAAGUGAUAAUGACCGUCAUUCGGAUGUAGAAAGGCCCUGUCAUUUGACGCAUCCAUUAGAGGAAUGUGUUCCGGAGGUAGCCUGUAAUUUACUCUUUUCCCCCACCGUCCUCGCGAGACGGCUUCUCUAUCCACUCAUGUGCAAGUGUGCUCUAAUUAACAAUAUAGAAUCAAUUCAAGCGCAAGUUAUUUAUCUACGAUGGGGCAACAGGUGUGAGACGGCUAAUAUUCGUGGCUGGUGCCGAGCGGACACAGACGGCCAUUUGAAAUGCAAAUUUUUCCGGGGGGCACAAGAUAUGGGACGGAUCGGACUGCUUCUGCUACACUUGUUAUUGUUGUUGUUGUUGCUGCUCCUCUCCGUCUCCCUCCAUUCAGUUGACUCGACCCCAACCGAGUGACAAAUGUGCGGGUUGCUACUGCGUUGAAUAAUGGAUGGUAUGUGUCACAGAAUCGUAUUAAUGGGUAAGUGACCCACGCGGCGCCUGAAUGGUAGCCAGGUGCAAUCCAGACGGACUCUCUCGCAGACGCCACCCACUUGAAUCAAUCGGUUCUAUCACCUAGCUAACUAUAACAAGCAGAUGUAUUUUUGAGGAGGAGGACAUCGUCCAGACGACAUAAGACACCUGCCAAAACUUGUUCCGUUAGAUGCUGUUAGGUGGACGCUGCCGAUGCCGCGCAGCCCUUGAAAAAAUGAGCGCAGCAACUGCUUCUGGAUAGUAUUAUUAUGAUUAUGUGGCGUUGUAGAUGCGUGUGUUGAAACACUGAACUGGUUCCUCGGAAUGACACGGUGUACUUUGCCUACGAAACAAUAAUGUGUCGGUUUUUCUUCUCUCAAAGUACGGCUGCUUCUGCGGUCUCCUGUGGUCUCAUCUCAUAAAAUUCGAUGAUCAAGCGGAAGAAGAGGAAGAAGUCGGCGGCCCUCAGUAGCGGUUGACAAAUUAGAAAGCAUAAAUCAAGCUGCGAACUCUUUUAUGAGCUUCUUCCCGGGCUUACGGAAAACGGAACUAGUGGUGAUGAUGAUGAUGAGCUGACAAGUGGCGCUCUUUCUCAGUUUUCUCAUGAGGGACCCCCGAGCAAGCAAACAUCAUGGAGAAAAAUGGCUGAAUGCGCGAAGAAGGCACCAUUGGCACUUUGUCUUAUGUUAAUCCGCGCGGCAAACUCGGGAUCCGAUGCUUGUUUCCCAUGUGAGCGUAGGCAGAAGAAAAGAAGAAGAACUGCUCGUUUCUCGUCGUGACACCACUUGAAAUAGAAGAAAAGCAAGAAGAGGUGUCCUAAUCUUCUCUUCUCGCCGCCCGGCACAUCAUCGUCUUCUUCCCUCUAUUCCCGUUGUUCUUCUUCUCGUUUACUACGCGGUGUGAGUAGGGGGAAUGCGCAACUCCGUCCGUCUCCGUUGAAUGGUUUUUUGAGAGAGAGAGAGACGACGACCUGGUCACACCCUGGUAUUGUGUGUGUUCGAGAAGGAGGGAGGGGAGAAGGAGGUACUGUCCGUGUUCGAAUGUGUAACAGGAAGAUGUGCAUCAUCAGGAAAAGGGGGCUAAGAAUGACCAAUCUGCGGGCGAUGUACACAACUUGCGGAUAGCCAUUUUCUUUUACAUAUUCUUGUACAUUUCAAGGACUUUAUGAGAGUGAGGAGGUCAUCUCGAAAUGCAAAGUCUUUCUCGUCUUCCCGACAUGGUGGAAAUUGUUUCCUUUUUCGUUCAUCCUGAAAACGGGACACCAAGUACACGGGGAUUAUUUUGGCAGGAAAUUGAGGGACCCGUCCAUCCGUCCGUCCGUCCAUCCAACGAUCGAAGUAAGAAGAAGAGGAAGAAGUUGUACACAAGAUGUUUAUCAAAAAGACGUAGUUGCGUGUGCGUGUGUGGGCCAAGCUUCUUCUUCGCUCCUAGAGUGGAUAUAAUGAAAAGUUGGGGCAAAGAAGGCAGGGUCCAGCCAUUGUUCCAAGUGUAGCCGACUCGCGUGUUAUUGCGCAAUAAUGGACCUCGCAAAUCUCAGUGUCUGGUUCUUCGAAAAUAAUUUCUAGCGGAAGGGACUUCCCCUGACACCUUAGAUAGUGUUAUUAUUAUAUAUAACUGUGUUGAUCGGACGGUUACGUCAUCGCACCGUUCGUCUUCCUGUGGUUCAUCCGGUGCUCCACACUUGCCAUAUGUUUAGACGAGCCAGGAAGAGGGACGGUCUCACUUGACAUUUGAUACUGCUUGACCUAUAUACCAGUUAGUACAACUCUCGAUUAGUCACCACUGCUGGUGCUUCUUCUGCAAAUGACAUUGGUUAUGCAUUCCGUGGGAAGGGGCGAAAAUGCAAAUGUUUCGGUGGCGACCCGUAUUGUUGCUGCAUGAACGACUCGAAGGAAUUGAUUGUUUUAUUCAUUUUCUAGCGACAGGGCCUGCAAAGUGGUUUCUGUCCCUCUCGGCUGUUGGCACUAGUACUAAUAGAGACGGAUUAGAUGGGUUGGAAGGGCAGAUAAGACGAAACAAGGAAAGGGUAUUUGCACUUGUACACCAUUUUAAUCCUAAAUUGACAUGACAGAUACAAGUGCCAUGAGAUCUGGAUCAGAAUAAGAGGGAAAUAAUUUCAUUUUUUUUUGCAGUGGAUGGAAGAGACAUGGAGGAAUCCGGCGGCCACAGACGAGAAGCAUGCCAAUCAGCGAGCCUACGUCACCUGCAACUAUGAUCUGGAAAACCCGAGCAACUGGCUCUUCAGCCAUCAUAUUCCCACCAAAAACGCCCGAAGAGUCUACAUCGAACUGCUCUUCAACACCCGUGAUUGCGACGCAUACACGAAUCCGAAGUCGUGCAAGGAAACGUUUUCUGUCUAUCUGAAACAGUUCAAAUCUUCGAUUCCCGGGCCGACGAGAAUUGAAAAAGAGAAGUUCUACGAGGACAUUGACAAUUGGAAAAACAUCGGACGACUCGCUCGGAGCAACUUGAAUAUGACGACGGAGACGCUCGGAAUGGAGAUAGAGCCGGACACGAAGCUUAUUCGCAUCGCAUUCGAAGAGCAGGGAAUCUGUCUGUCGCUGCUUAAUGUCAAGGUUCGUUUCAAGAGAGGCUGAAGGGUUAUGCAAUCAACUAUGCAUAGUCAUUAUGAUUCGGGAGAUGAUGUUCUCCUCGUCUUUCCUCCCCACUCAACUAAUUUCGGGGUGUCGUUUGGAGGGAUACGCAUACCAAAAUGAGCGGGUUCCUCCGCUUCGUCCAUAUGAUUAGCGCGUACAUUGUUGUUGUAACCUUGUCAAAGUAUCGUGUGGAGACGACGUGAGGAGAUCAGUCAAAAGUGAAACAAAAUGAGUCCCCGGGGACCGAUUGAAGACGUCGCGCCGCUGUCAGAAUUUGCAUAUGCUUUUUGUGAGAGGCACACGUGGAUGUGAGUCCUCGAGAAUCUUCCAUGACCGUCUGUGUGAGAAUCGCAGUGGUCUCCAUAGAGGGCUUGAAGUGCGAUUGUUCGCGCUCAACGCGCGGACGCCUCUCGAGUGGUUUUUGAGACAGUUGUCGAAAAGACGAUGAAAGAGUGUGAAUUGGGCAGCGGUUCGAAACGAGAGAUGCUCCUCGAAAGGUGUCAUAGUCAACACACACAUCCUUUGAUUGUUUUGGCAUCUCUCAAGAACUCGGCAAACAGAAAGAGACAGAAGGCAGCAGGAGCACGUGUUGCUCCGUCCUCAAAUAGGUGUCAAAUGAGUUGGCAAACUGUGAGUCACUGUCAAUGUCCCCUUAGACUGUAGAAUAAAUGUUUACUGGUUGGGACCUUCUGACACAUUGGGGAGAGUAGUGGGACGAACAGCAGAAGGAGAAGUUGCGCAAUCCGUAGGACAACAGGCGAGCAGUUGGCUGACGAGUUGUCUGCCAACCUGUCAUUCUUCUGGAGCAUCCUCUUGUGUAAUGUUUGUGUAUGUGUGUUUUUGCAACAAUAUCCUUAGCUUAUUGCAUAAUUAUGCGCCAGACUGCAACCGUACGUCAUGGAAAGAACAGUACUGGAUACACACACUCACAUAUCAUUGCAUACUAUCUUCAAACACAUUAAUUCACAACUUUAUUGGUUAUUUGUUCCAAUUUCAGUUGUUGUUUUCCUCCAUAGAUCUGUGAAAGAUUCGUUUCGGCAUCGUAAAAUUGUAACCGUUCCCUCCCCGCGCAUUCCUCAUUCAUAAAUGUGCGCAUUUGAUAAAUUGUGACAGCCGGGAGACGCAUUUGAGAGAAACAACAGAGUACUGGCGGCAGGGAGGACACAUUGUAAUUGCAUGAUAAAGGUGUUGGAAGAAGGAUCCAUUAGAGAGAGAGAGAGAGACCCGAACGAAAUGCGCGUGUACCGUCUAAUUCGAUAAUACCUUUGUUCUAUUACGGUUUUCUCGCGGCAAGACCAAGAAAGGGUUGUCUUGAAUUUCGUGCAUUCUAAUGGAGGGCACCCCCGGUGCAUGACCUUUCUUUCGGCGGUAUUCAAAAGAGCCCGGAAGGUUUACAAUGUUUACCGUCGUCUCGGGAGGAGUAUAAUGGAAUAAUGAGCGGUACGGUAAGCCAUCCGAGGAACACUGUCAGCUGCGGUCAUCACAAUAUUGCGGAAGAGGGAUUUACGACCGCAAACGACACCUCGAAUUUGUCGUUGCCUCUCUUACUAACUGCUGUUGCUGCACAAGCAGUUGUCAUCUCACACCUGGUAUGACUUGCGGUCAUCGGCUUCGCAUCUGUUGGACCUUUUCGAAGACUGGCGGCACCUUCUUUUUCUUCCCCUUCCGCCGCCGCCGUAGCCGCCGCAGCUUCAAAGAAAAUGAUGUGGAAAAGUGAAAGUGGGGACAACAUGCCCAGCGGGGUUAAUUCGCCCUUUCCAUACCAUCGCCAAGAAGAACGCCUGGAGAGGGAACUUUUUGUGGUCGUCUUCGAUGAAAGUGAUUCCACGACCUCGUUCACCUCCCUGCUGUCAUUUGAUCGGGAAAAGAGACUAAAGGAAACUGUUAGAUAGAGAUUUGAUUUGCAAUUCAAUUCAAUCCCAUCCUUCUCUCAAUCGGUUUCUGAUUCCGCUAGGGCGGCGACAUUCAUCUUUUUCAGAAAGAUCGACCUUGUUUGUGUUGCGAAAAUGAUCAGAGGGGAAAUUGAAGUCGGAAUGGGAAUACCUGGGGGUCUGCGGAUGAAAAAGCGCGUCAAAGGGGAACCGCGGAAGUGAUCAAUUCCGAUGGCCGUCCAUUUUUUUCCCGUCAUUACACACUGAAUGGGUUCCGGAAGAGCAUAGAAUCAUUGACUUGUGCAUAGUUAAAAUUGAAAAGAAGUCAAGAAUCUUCAAGCAAAAAUUGUUCAUUUUCAGAUUUACUUCCGCGUGUGCGAUGAGUUCACCGAUGAGCUCGUUCAUUUCCGACCUCAAAUAACCGGACAAAAAGAGACUGACGUUGUGCGGAUGAACGGAACGUGCAUUCCGAACGCGUCGAAGAAAAUUCAAGGAGGUACUUUGACUUUCAGAUUAAUCCAUGUUUGCAAUUCUGAUUUUCAGUGGAUCUGGUCGGUUUGUGCAUGUCUACUGGAAAUGCGAUGCGCACUUCCGGCGAAUGCGUCUGCGACAGCGGCUUCUCUCAAAUCGCCGAUUCGAAUGGAGUCCGCUGUGAAAGUGAGUUUUGAAAUGGAAAAUAAGGAGCACGCCUGAAUAACUGACAACCUUUUUGUCUCUUUUCCACCGUUUUCUCCUCUUCCUUUUGAUUCCUGGCCACCAUGUGUACACCUUCUCCUUCCGGGGGUCCUUCUCCACUAAUUGCCUGUUUUUGCGAGGGUCGAAACCAGCGGACCGUGAUAGACAACGCGUGCGUGGACCGUUGUUGUUUGCGAACUAUCCACAAGUUAUUGUAAUUAUUAAUGGUGGACAAUGAAAAAGGCAUUAGGCGAUUCUUCCGGAUCUAGGUGCGCGCGCGCAUGCAGCAAAUAUUUGAGGGCUCAGGAACGAUCGGAACCACCAUAAGUUGCCUUUCCUAAUUGGUUUUUACGACAGUCUGAGAACGAGCGGGCGGGCCGUGACUGCGUAAUCAGGCUCGCGGCGUGGAUUAAAGAAGCAUACGGUAUAGCCGUCUGGUCACGCAGCACGAGGCGAAACACUCAAAAGCCUAUGUAAUUGGAGAAAGUCGUUAAAAUUGCGCAGCUUUCUCAUUCUGAAACAUAUGGCAUCGCCAAUGUCUUCGUGAUGGUUUUUAUGAGAAUUCGGACCAUUUGAAUUAUUUGUUGCCAAUGAAGGAGCCAGGUGGUCGCUCAUGAACCCAUCUCGUUCCUCUUCACAAUAAUGGCGCCUGAUUUGAAUCUCGGACAGACAAUCAGGCGACAAUCUGGUAGCUGUAAUCCUCCAAUACAUCAUGUUUUCGAUUCGCCUUUCUUGGUACUAAUUACUAAGAAGUAGUUAGUGUGUCAAUCAUAAUUCGUCAGAUUCGUGCAUACGAUAAAUGCAAAGAGCUUUCGGUCAAAGGGAAAAGGCGCCUUCCGAUAAAGAUCUACGUCAGUUCGAAGACGAUAACUUUCUCUUCCCUUUUUUGCUGUUCCCAUCAGAGAUUACUAUCUGGAAGUCGUCUUGGUCCAUCGCGGCAGUCUCUUUUUGUGUCACCUCGAGUUAUCGUUAGCCAUGGAAGGUGACAGAUGGACGGUUCACUUGAAGUCAGUGUCAAUUGGCGGCUCUCGAAGCGAAAGAGCAGGCAGCGAGAAGCUGUUGGCUCACCUGCACCACCGGGCUGCACCCAUGCGCAUCCGAUCAAUUGCCGCACUCAUUUGGCGGUACAUUCAUAAUAAUAAUAUUGAUGAGCGAUGAUUGCUCACAGACGCCACCGGGGGACUUUCCUCCGAGAACUUUGCGCCUUCUCCCUCAGCUAAUAAAGCAUUGUGUCCGCAGCGGCGCUUAUUCAUCCAGUUACCCCAGGGAUAUGGGCUCUGCUAAUUUUCAAUUUGGGAAUGGUCCGCCAACACGAGUGCUAAUCCAAUUCACUCCGGCCAGAAAAGGAAACGAAGGAGAAGUGACCUUCUCUCGGGGACUCCGGAACAAAUGAGGUUGCGCAAAACUGCAGCUCUCUUGUCGCUGAUAUGACAUUGAUAAAGGCGGGGACAUCAAAAAGAGACGCGCAAUCGUCGCCGUUGUUUAUGAUGAUGAGGAGAGAAGGCAAUGAUUAUUCAUCACCCGGAAGGACCCCCCGAGAUAUACGAUCUCGAGAAAGUUUUCUAACCGCAGGGACCAAUCGAGACGACGUCCGCAAUUAGCCAGCUCUUCUUCGGUCUUUUCUCGUUGUUUUUCCUGGUCCUUCAUCAUCAUAUCAUCAACAAACGUAUUCAUUUCCCACAUUAAAGUGGCUAUUGUUUGACCCUUUUUCGCGUGGCGGCACAUGCACAUAAAAAAGGAAUGCCGCUCUCGGCGCUUCUUUUCGCAGGCUCUCACAUGGCAUGUGUACCGAGAGAGAGAACGGUGAUAAUCCCAUUUGGCAGCCAGUCAAGUGGGUGUUGUUUGGGUUGACGGGGACGGAUGGAACGGCGGGACGUGUAAUGGUGCAGACGGGUGACGACAGGUGCACAAUUUGAAAAGCCGAUGAGAAGAAAGGGAAUGGAAGAGAAACGGUCGUAAAAUGCAACCAGGUCGUGAUGAUGACCCAUGUCAUGAUCUAAGUCAAACACACCUGGCAUCGGGAAAUGUGAAAAGAUGUGUCGGAAUCCCUUUGGGACAUGCGCACUUUAUGAGCCAAUCAAAAGGAUUUAGGGAUUAAGACCCAUCCAUCUCGAAACCGUAUUUACUUUUCAGGUUGUCCGCAGAAUACAUACAAACCGAAGGGACAAACGAUGUGCAAGCCGUGCCCUCCGAACUCGAUCUCUUCCGAAGCCGCCAGCUCGUGCCGAUGCGUCAACGGAUUCUUCCGCGCGGAAGAUGAACUUGUCUCGAUGCCAUGCACACGUAAGUUCUUUCCCUCAUCAAAGAACAAACCGCCAAGAUGAUCCCACUCCAUCACAUUCCCAUCCAUAAUUUUUUUUUUUCAGAACCGCCGUCCCGACCCAUAAAACUGACGGCAAAUGCCAUUUCGGCCACUUCUGCUCGCCUUUCGUGGGACGAGCCGAGCAGUUUGGGAGGACGUCCGGAGAUUUGGUACGAAGUGAAGUGUUCCGGAAAAGGAGAAUGUGCAACAGUCGUUAUGACACCGUCGGACAAACGGCUCUCCACUCGAUCCCUUCAAAUCAACGGACUUCGACCGUCUUCGGACUACACGUUCCUCGUAUUCGCCAAGAACAAAGUAUCGUCGCAGUUCCCUGACUUUAGCGAGAAGAACGCCGUCAUUGACAUCCGAACGCGAUCGGAAGAAGACGACGUUCCGCCGGUCUCCCAUCUCCGUGUCGAUGCCUCUCAAUCCGACGGAAUCACCAUCGCCUGGAGCGUUGCUGAUUCAGAUUUGAAUGAUUUCGAAGUGGAAGUGCGUCCAGCAGUUGUCAAGAAGCGUGCUUUCGAGACUCGUCAUGUCAACAUGACCUACACCACAUUCAUCGGACUCCGCCACGACACUGUCUAUCAGUUUAGAGUGCGAGUUCGCGACGAUCUGAGAUGGAGCGAACCGAUCAGCUACCAACUUGGACGUGGAUUGAUGAGCUCUCAGAGCUCAGUGGACGGAGUGGAUUCUGGCGAAUCUCAGUUCUUAAAUCAGACUGGAUCGGCUCUUCUUAUUAUCAUCGCCCUCAUUUUGGUUGUGAUCGCAGUGGCUCUUUGUAUGAUUGUGGUGCAGAAACGGUCGAAGAAUCGGAAGCAGAUGAGCGAUCUGGAUGUGUUAGACACGUACAAACAAGGUAAGCGCUUCGUUCAGUUUCACCCAAUUUGUGGUGGUGUUGGUGGUUUGACUGACUCUCGGAAUCCCUUCUUUAGCUUUUUUGUGGGUUUGUGGUCGACGGAUUGAUUUCCCCCGUGUAGCGGUAGUUCAGACCGACAUGAGACUCCAGCGUUUGCAGAUUCCAUGACUCCCGACUACCACACGACUUCUCGACAUCAUCAAGGAAAUCUUCCGGCCAAUUUGCACGAACAGCUUAGGUCGACGACCAAGUGUAAGGGAAUUUAUCGCCGGUUUUCUGUUAUUGGUUGCGUUCUUUUCUUUUUGGUAGUGAUCACCUUUGGCCCCUUCUCUUGAUCAGCUUAUAGCACUGUUUGAAGAACAGUUAGAUGCAAACGACGCUUCCGCAAUAUUUUAUGAUCCAUUUCAAUAUUGUUUUGUUUUUCAGUGAACGCCCCUCUCAUCCCAUCAUUCGGAAGUCCGAUCUCUCAGCCUCCGCCAUAUUACGGAGGUGUGCACACGAACAGUGGGAAGUACAAGGCAUACGUGGAUCCGACGACCUACGAGGAUCCCUAUCAGGCACUGAUCGAGUUCACCUACGACAUUUCGCCGAACGACGUCUUCAUAACCCAAGUGAUCGGAGGCGGAGAGUUCGGAGACGUUUGUCUGGGCGGACUGUCGAGGAACUCGCCUGCUGCCGCCAAGUGGAAUACUGCAAACACGAUGGGAAGAAUGUUUGAAAACGAACAGUUCGAGACCGUCGCCAUAAAGACACUGAAAGCGGGAAGCAGUGCGAAGGCCAAGGCUGAAUUUCUGACGGAAGCGACGAUAAUGGGACAGUUCUCGCAUCCGAAUGUGAUCCGUCUCAUUGGAGUCGUCACGUCGUCCGAACCUGUCAUGAUUGUGGCCGAGUACAUGGCGAACGGGUCGUUGGAUCAGUACUUGAGAAGUGCCGACCAACGAGGAGAGAAAGUUCACUGGGAGAAGAUCACCGAGAUGCUGUACGGCAUCGCUUCCGGAAUGAAGUAUCUCACUGACAUGGGAUACGUUCACAGGGUAAGACAAUCAAAUUGCGAGUAUCUGUUUCAUCCAACUGUUUGCAGGAUCUUGCUGCUCGAAAUGUUCUCAUCGACACGGAGCUCCGAUGCAAAAUCGCCGACUUUGGUCUCUCUCGAGGAGUCCGAAGUGAAGGAUCGGUGGAGCCGGAGUACACGACAAACGGAGGAAAAUUCCAGUGAGAUGGACUGCCCCGGAAGCCAUUACUCACCGGAAGUUCACUCCAUCCUCGGACGUCUGGUCGUUCGGAGUGGUCAUCUGGGAAGUCUGCUCAUUCGGAGAACGGCCCUAUUGGGAUUGGACGAACCAGAAAGUGAUCAGCGAAGUGAUGAUCGGAUACCGACUGCCGCCUCCGAUGGACUGCCCCAUGGGCCUCUACCGCAUCGCUCAAUGGUGCUGGAAAAUGGAGAGGCACGAGAGACCGACGUUCACGCAGUUGCUCGCCAUGUUCCACAAAUACAUUCUGCAGCCAGCGCUCAUCGAACAGGAUCCGGGAGAGUUGCCCAGAAGAGCCAUGAGUCAGGCGGCGUUGAACACGUACGGAGCCAUCGGACUGCCGACGCCUCCGUCGAGUGCCCCUCCGAUGCCGUCCCUCGACGACUUCCUUCGUCAGAUCGGACUGAAUCACGUGUACGGUCAACUGGUGUCCAACAACAUCCACUCGGUCGCCGAUCUUGCCACCACCUCCCACUUAGACCUGCUCGCGUGCGGACUCAUCUCUCAGGAGUGCUCCACAAUCCGAGACGGGCUCAACGGAAGGAUUCCGACCGCGUCGUCUGGAACCAUUCACGCGACGACACGCGGAACGAGAACGAGGCCGCGCGAGGAAGGCUUCUUCGUUUGA